UAUAUGGAGAAAAUCAAAAAUAUCUCUUCUGAUUUGUCACUCAAGUUGUUUGAUGAUUUCCUUUCUUAUUUCUAAUAAGGUAACAGAGAGCGUGAUUGGCCCCCCUCUCUGUCUGUAUAGGGGGUUGUAAUAUUUCAGUAUCUUCAGUCUUCAGUGUCUUCAGAAGGAACAGCGGAAAUCUUUACACUAAAUUCUCAUUAUUCUCUAUCAGUCUGUGUGUACAGUAGAGGAUUAUGGAGAUUUGUCUCACACUUUUUUUACUCUCCUCUGUAAAAAUGACCAUUACUGCCGAUUUGAAUGUGAGGUUGGUGAAUGGUAGCAGUCGUUGUUCUGGUAAUGUUGAGGUUCUUUAUGAUGGUCAAUGGGGAACAGUGUGUCAAGAUGACUGGGAUUUGACAGACGCUGAAGUGGUGUGUAGAGAAGUGGGCUGUGGAGAGGCUGAUGAGGUGCUAUAUUGGUCUCACUUUGGAGGAGGAUCAGGACCAAUCUGGAUGGAUAAUGUGAACUGUAGUGGAACUGAGCCCACACUUAUGAACUGUAGUUCAGAUGGAUGGGGUGUCAGUGAUUGUGAUCAUGAUGAAGAUGCUGGAGUCAUCUGCUCAGAAACCAUAAACUAUGGAAGGUUUGCACGACUUGUUAAUGGACCUCAUCAGUGCUCUGGUAGAGUCGAGCUGCUUCAUGAGAACACCUGGAUGUCAGUGUGUGAUGCUGUGUUUGAUGAUCAGGAUGCAGAGGUUGUGUGUAGAGAGCUGAACUGUGGGGUUCCUGUACAGCUGCUGGGUGCAGAUACUUUUGGUAAAGGAGAGGAGCAGGUGUGGACACAAGAGAUUCAAUGUAGAGGAAAUGAAUCAUUCAUUCGAUUCUGUCCAUCAUCUACUAAAACUAAAGAAACCUGUUCUCAUGAAAAUGAUGUGGGACUCACAUGUUCUGGUCAGAACUCCAUCAGGUUGGUGGGUUCUGGUGGAGAUUGUGCAGGAAGGCUGGAGGUUUUUCACAAAGGCUCAUGGGGUACAGUUUGUGAUGAUCUGUGGGACAUCAGAGAUGCUCAGGUGGUCUGCAGGCAGCUGGGUUGUGGAGCAGCAUUGAGUGCUGAUGGGAAUGAAGCGUUUGGUGCUGGUGAAGGGCAGGUGUGGACACAAGAGAUUCAAUGUAGAGGUAAUAAAUCUCAAAUAUACUUCUGUCCAUAACAAUCUUCAAACAAGAACAACUGUUCACAUAACAAUGAUGUGGGAGUGAUUUGCUCUGAUUUAAGCGUGAGGUUGGUGAAUGGUAGCAGUCCGUGUGCUGGUAGAGUUGAGGUUCUUCAUGAUGGUCAGUGGGGAACAGUGUGUGAUGAUGAGUGGGAUCUGACAGAUGCUGCAGUAGUGUGUAGAGAGCUGGGCUGUGGAGAGGCUGUACAGGCUCCGCUUGUUGCUUACUUUGGAGAAGGAUCAGGACCAAUCUGGAUGGAUGAGGUGGACUGUACUGGAUCAGAGUCUACACUGAAGAACUGUAGAUCAGAUAAAGAGUUAAUUCAGUACUGUUCUCAUUCUGAUGAUAAAUAUUUUCCCUGUUAAUUCAUGACUCUUGUUAAUGGACCUCAUCUGUGCUCUGGAAGGGUCGAGCUGUUUCGUGAGAACACCUGGAUGUCGGUGUGUGAUGCUGUGUUUGAUGAUCAGGAUGCAGAGGUUGUGUGUAGAGAGCUGAACUGUGGGGUUCCUGUACAGCUGCUGGGUGCAGAUACUUUUGGUAAAGGAGAGGAGCAGGUGUGGACACAAAAGAUUCAAUGUAGAGGAAAUGAAUCACACAGUCGAUCAUGUUCAUAUACUUCACAUAAAGUAACCUGCUCUCAUAACAAUGAUCUGGGACUGAUUUGCUCUGGUUACUCUGAGCUCAAACUGGUGAACGGCUCUGAUAUCUGCUCUGGUCGAGCUCAGUAUUUCAGUAAAUGGGGCUCAGUGUGUGAUGAGUGCAUGAAUAUGAGAGCUGCCAAUGUUCUCUGUAGAGAGCUGAAUUGUGGGAUUGCUGUGUCUGUUGUGGGAGUGGACUGGUUUGGAGAGGGAUCUGGUGAAAUCUGGGCUGAUGUGUUUGAUUGUCAGGGGAAUGAAACAAAACUCUCAGAAUGUUCAAUCUCUUCAUGGAGUCGAGCUGAAUCCUCUCAUAAACAAGAUGUUGGAGUCAUUUGUUCUAAUUCCUCUCUGUCUCUUCAUGAUGGUCGAGUGAGGUUGUCUGGAGAGAGAGAGUGUGAGGGUGAGGUGGAAGUUUACAUUCAUCAGGUUUGGAGGAGAGUUCUGCUGGACUCCUGGAGUCUCACUGAAUCCUCUGUGGUCUGCAGACAGCUGGGCUGUGGCUCUGUGCUGAACUUCACUAACUCCUCUUCAUCCAGUGAUGAACACAGUUAUGAGUGUGUGAUGGGCUUCCAGUGCUCUGGGACUGAAGAUCAUCUGAGGAACUGCAGCUCUCCACAAACUCUCAACUGCAGCGCAACACAACAGCUGUCAAUCACCUGCCAAAGUCAGAAUUACAAUAUCAGUCAGAGGUCAAUCAGGUUGGUGGGUUCUGGUGGAGAUUGUGCAGGAAGGCUGGAGGUUUUACAAAAAGGCUCAUGGGGUACAGUGUGUGAUGACUCCUGGGAUAUUAAAGAUGCUCAUGUGGUGUGCAGACAGCUGCAGUGUGGAGUGGCUCUCAGUAAUCAGCCAGUACCAGCCUGGUUUGGUCCUGGUUCUGGACCCAUAUGGCUGGAUGAUGUGAACUGUGAGGGGAAUGAGACGUCACUGUGGAGCUGCUCUUCACGGGUCUGGGGAGAUCAUGACUGUAAACACAAGGAGGAUGUAGGAGUCGUGUGCUCAGAGUUUAAAGAGCUCAGGUUAACUGAAGGCUGUGAAGGGAAUGUGGAGGUUUUCUAUAAUGGAUCCUGGGGUAAUGUUUGCUGGAACCAAAUGGAAAGAGACACAGCGAGUCUGAUCUGUCAAGAGCUGAACUGUGGAAGAUCUGGCCGUCUGUCUUAUUCAACAUCAAGAGUGCCAUCAGCUCAUAACUGGUUGGAUAAUGUUGAAUGUCGACCACAUGACUCAAAUCUGUGGCUGUGCCCGACUUCACCAUGGGGAAAGAAUAACUGUGGUCAAAAUGAGGUGACUUAUAUCACCCUGCACUGGUGAGAAAAUGAAAAUAACUAAAUAAAUGAACUGUAAUUUCCUCGGACUAAUCUAACAUGUUCUACCUCACCAUCUCCUUACCAGCGAAAGUGUUCAAAUCAUCUUCCUCUCAGACUGAGUGGAGGGAAGGGUUUGUGUUCGGGGAGACUGGAGGUUUAUCAUAACUCUGUGUGGGGUUCAGUCUGUGAUGAUCUGUGGGACAUCAGAGAUGCUCAGGUGGUCUGCAGGCAGCUGGGUUGUGGAGCAGCAUUGAGUGCUGAUGGGAAUGAAGCGUUUGGUGCUGGUGAAGGUGUUGUGUGGAUGAAGAAAGUCGAGUGCAGAGGGACUGAGAUUCACCUGUGGGACUGUCCUCAUGUCCUGAAAAAACACACUGACUGCUCACACAAAGAACAAGUUAGACUCAUCUGUGCAGAAACAGAUUUGUCUGUGACCACAACUUCUGCCACAACAACAUCAGCUUCUCCUUCAGUUUCUCAGACAAACAGGAGAUCAGUGACUCCUCCACAUACUCCUCCUCUCUUCAUUCCUCCAGUGGUUGUGAUUGUAUUGGGAGUUUUGCUCUUACUGCUCUUAGUUUUGCUCUUGCUGCUGUUACUGUCGCUGCUCAUACUGAUCAAGAACAACCGAGUAAUGAAGAGAGAUACAGAGAUCCACACUUCAUAUACAGAUCUCUUUAAGAGAAGACACUGGGCUCAGACUGAAGCAGUUUAUGAAGAGAUUGAUCACAGACACACAAAUAGAGAAAAUCCCUUCACUCAGCGAGGGAGUCUCAUCUCUGAAGGACAGCAUUCUGGAUAUGAAGUUGCUGAUGAGCUUCUUUCAGUAGAGAUGGUGAAAAAAGUCCCAGCAGAAUACUAUGAUGAUGUCAUCACUGAUGGACUAAAAGCAGACAGUGAGACAGAAGACACACUUGAGCAGUAUGAUGAUGUCAUCACCACAGGACAAAACUCUGAUCUUCAAAAAGGUGAUUUUACUUCAUUUCUAGGCUGUUUUUGUAAUGUAACAUCUAUUUAA